UUUGGAAUCACCAAGACUCAGAACUGAAUAUAGCAGCACACGUUCAUCGCUCUGAAACAGUUUUUAAAAUUUCCAUUACAUAAUCCCAUGACUUGUACAUUUGUGUAAAUAGAUAUUUUCUAUUUUUUUAUAUCGAGACAACGACGAGAUGGAACUUAAUUCUCUUCUUAUUCUGCUGGAGGCUGCAGAGUACUUGGAAAGAAGAGACAGAGAGGCAGAACACGGUUAUGCGUCUGUUUUACCGUACAGGGACGACUUUUCCAGUAAGAAAACGAAAGCCUCGCCAAUUUCCCGAAAAACUCAGAACAAUAGAUCAUCGCACAACGAGUUGGAGAAACACAGACGUGCCAAACUGCGGCUGUACUUGGACCAGUUGAAGAAGCUGGUGCCUUUGGGUCCAGACAGCACAAGACACACCACACUGAGCUUGCUGAAAAGGGCCAAGAUGCACAUCAAGAAGCUGGAGGAGCUGGACAAGAAGGCUUUAAACACGAAGGAGCAGCUGCAGAGAGAGCACCGCUACCUCAAACGCCGCCUGGAGCAGCUUUCUGUCUCCGGAUCCUCGGAGCGCAUCCGCACCGACAGCAUGGGCUCCACCAUCUCCACCGACUCUGAGCAAGACGUGGACAUCGAGGGCAUGGAGUUCACUCCCGGCGAGGCGGACAGCGUGGACAGCAUCAGCGACGGCGAGGAAGAGGAGGAGGAGGAGGAGGAGGAGGAGGACCACUACAGCCUCCAGAGCAGCUCCAGCGACACCAGCUACACAGCCACACAUUCCCACAGACUGCAGCCGCACCACUGUUAGGACGCCGAGCGGACAUCCACCUCCCAACCAGCUUCCUCUCCCACGCUUCCCCCCCCCCCCUCACCUAUACCUUCCCCGACCAUUUGCCGCCCGCUAACCUCCAUCAGACCGGUCCAAAGCAGAGGUGAACCCCCCCCCCCCCUUCUCCUGGCCCCGGCUCUGCAGGAAGUGCAUGGGGCUGAAAUGCCACUCAAAAAGCCUUCCUGACCCCCCUGACCACUGACCCUACCUCACCCUACUGUAUCCUGCCUGAACCCGCACCACCCCCGCCCCCCCCUUCACACCCCCUGCCCUCCCACUGCCCUCACACCCCCUUACCUAGUGUUGCCGCAGGCUCAUAGAGAGCAGAGCAGAGUUUGUGGGUUUUAUUGGGGACUUCUGUGGUGUGGUGGACAGCUUUGACUUGUUAAUCAGGUGUGUGUGUGUGUGUGUGUGUGUGUGUGUGUGUGUGUGUGUGUGUGUGUGUGUGUGUGUGUGUGUGUG